UUCCCCUCCAUCCACUCUCCGUACUCACCAUGGCUCCUGUUCCUUCCAAUGAAAUACUCGAAAAUCUACCAGACUCGAAUCAAGUAACUAAAGAGGGCGGCCAGGACGUCGAAUUUCCAGCACAGAACAGCGAACGGCCUGUAACUCCCCCUCAGGCUGCUGGCCAGGGAACGAAAUCUGACAAGUUACACGAAACGCCCUUGAAGUACUCUGCCUCCUCUCAUAAUCAGUGUACUUCUAUGCACUAUCAACGGGACGCAAGGUACCGUCAGGCCGAGUCAGAGAAUCAAGGAAAGUUCAUCUCAAUGGAUCCGGAACGAUUUUUGGAUCUGUUCUUGCCAGCUGAUCCUACCAAGCCCUUCAACCACAAUGACACUGCUCAAGAAAAUUUCGAGGAUGCCGCGAAGUGUGAAAGAGAAAAGGAAUCAUAUCCAUUCCUCAGCAAGGCUCUCUCGGAAUAUUGUCCCUCUCUAGAAAUCAUCAAUACCAGUAAACAUCCUACGACUGUGAUUUGGGGUAGACAGGAAGUGGAGAUCAAACCAGACAUUUCGGCAUAUCUGAAGGGUGGGCGUGCCACAGGCCAGGAUAGUGCGGUGGACAUAGACAAAGUGGAGGUCAUGAUCGAAGGCAAAUGGACCAUGUCAGAUGAUGCCUUCGAUGACACUGGGAAAGGCUUCGAGCGGAACAGUGGCCAGGGGAAGGAUACCCGUGGACAGAUUACAGCGUACGCCGCCGCCCAACUUGCUCGCCAACAUAGGACCCAUUGCUUCUCCGUCUUGUUCGUGAAAGAUUCAGCUCGUCUUAUCCGAUGGGAUCGAGCAGGCGCGAUUGCCACCAAGAAAUUCAACUUUGUCAAAGAGCACUGGCUAGCGAUGUUUUUUCACAGAUACAACUUCGCAUCGCCAUCAACUCGUGGAGUCGAUACCUCUGUUGAGCAACUUCUAGGUAUUGAUCCGCUCGUGAAGGAAGCACGGAAGGCAUUGGGGACCCAAUCCGACGAACUAUUGUACAAGUUCAAGAUCGUUGACGACGAGACGGGAGUCAUCACGUACUACAUUGGUUCGAAGCCAUUGUUCAAUUUCGGAAGCUCUUUUACCGGACGCUGCACUCGCUGCUACAAGUUAUAUGAUAUAAAGAGGGAGAGAAUUGUGUUCAUGAAGGACACUUGGCGAGUUGAUGCAAAGGAUGUGAUGAAGGAGGGGGAGGUCUACCGGCUCUUGAGAGAACGUGGUGUGCCCAACAUCCUUACACUCGUCACUUAUGGGGACGUGCGACACCAGGACAAUUCGACUCAACCCACGCAGACUCAACAUUUCAGGCAGAUGAGGGGACACUGUCACGCUCGUCUCGUCUUUGAAGAGAUUGGUCGGGACCUGACGCACUUCAACACUACGGGAGAGAUAGUGAGUGCAAUUAUGGAUGCAAUACAAGCUCAUAAGGGGGCCUAUGAAGACGCUCGAAUCAUGCAUCGCGAUGUCAGCGUCGGAAAUAUACUGAUCUUGGAUAAUGGGAAGGGGGUGCUCAUCGACUGGGAUCUCAGCAAAUCUCUCGAUAAGAAAGGCACGCCUCGGCAGAACGAACGAACGGGCACAUGGCAGUUCAUGUCAGCCAGUCUGUUGGCCAAUCCUAGCGCGCCUGUACACGAGCUCGCCGAUGACCUUGAAUCAUUCUACCAUGUUCUGGUUUGGGUUGUGUUGAAGUUCACUCCACAUCCGUUGCACAAACGCGACUUGAUGCACCUGUUGCAGACGCGUUUCGACGAGACAAUUCCCAGAACGGGGGAGGUUCCCGUCGGAGGAGGACAGAAAAAGGUACAUUUCCAAAGCAGCUACAUGCGAAACGAAACCCCACUUCCCCAGGGCGAGCUGCGUAACCUCAUCGUCGAUUUAGAGGCAGUCCUUCGAAUCCGAUACGCCAAACCAACACAAGCAGAGACCGAAGCCCUAGCGCUGUGGGAAGGCUUGUAUUCGGAAGGGUCGAUAGACGAACAAAAAUACAGAAAUCAAAAACACGCCAACUACGCCUGGCAACAUAGCCAAUACGCAGAACGCCUGACCAGUCAUGCCUGGAUGCUUUCCCGUUUCCGUCAAGCUGCUAGCCUAAAGGAUAGCAUGUUGGACCAACGGGUCGUGCAUGAUGUGACUCCCUCGAACCAAAGCGAGCAAGAAACACGAGUACGGAAGAGGUCGAGCGAAUUGGAGUCGGAGGACCCUCCUCCGGCCCAGCGGAGGAGGUUGGAUAGAGCUGCCAAGAGUGCUGUCGGUGGGUACUCUGACGAUCCAAAUCCGGAAGAUGAAGAGGAUUCGCCGAUGAAGGAUGAUCAUGACAAGGAUUACAAACCAUAGGGCACGCUAGUCGGCAUUCGUUGAACCUCACAACUUCGUCCAUAUGUAUUCGUAUCUAGCAACUGCAUGUUUGUAUUACUACAGUGAUUUCGUGAUUCCUUCUAUAGACAAUUGUAUCAUAGUAGCU